GAAUUUCCGGUGUCUCUGACCAAUCACUGGGUUCCACAUGCGGACACUGAACACCGCAUUCGACGUACGCGAGAUCUGCAGCGGACGAACGCGAUUGGUGCCGAAGAGGACGCUGCUGGUGAUUCUGCAAUACACAGCAGGCGAACCCAUUGAUAGGAGCCGAGGUUGCCACUCGGACACAUGCUUUAAAACAAGCCCGUUGGCAAUUAAACAGGUUUUGUCCGCUUUUUGCGAUUUAACAGAACGAGAGGACGCCGAAGGAUCAUAGAGAGACAGCGAUGUGUGUAUGAAUUAUGCGCUAAAAGUCUCGCGGUAAAAGACAGCCGAGCACAGCCGGUGAAUUCAAGCGAGGUUAGCUUGCGUUAGCCUGUUAGCUUCCUUUAGCUCAGAAGCCGCUAAUGAAUUGACUGUCCACAGUCCAUUUUAUCUGAAUUUUAGCUGCCUUCCUGUCAACGCGGUAUUAAUUAGUGUUUCGGCUUUGACACAGAAGAAAAACGGGACCGCAACGGGUUGAAGUUGGUUGGCAGCAGUAGCGGGGCUAACGGAGAAGCGGUGUCCUCAAGUGGCCGUCAACCAUGGACAACGCACACACAAAGACUGUGGAAGAAGUUUACAACUUUUUUAACGUAAAUGAAAGCACGGGCCUGAGUUCAGAGCAGGUGAAGAAGCAGCGAGAGCAAUUUGGCCCGAACGGACUUCCUGCUGGGGUGGGAAAAUCUCUUUGGAAACUGGUGAUUGAACAGUUUGAGGACUUACUAGUGAGAAUUCUUCUGCUUGCUGCCUGCAUAUCCUUUGCCCUGGCCUGGUUGGAAGAAGGAGAGGAAACCGUUACAGCCUUUGUGGAGCCUUUUGUUAUCCUUCUUAUUCUCAUAGCAAAUGCCAUUGUAGGAGUGUGGCAGGAACGAAAUGCAGAAAAUGCCAUAGAAGCACUGAAGGAGUAUGAACCAGAGAUGGGGAAAGUGUACCGGCAGGACAGAAAGAGUGCCCAGAGAAUUAAAGCUCGGGACAUCGUGCCUGGGGACAUCGUUGAGGUGGCAGUUGGUGAUAAGGUGCCUGCAGACAUCAGGCUGACUUCCAUCAACUCCACCACACUGAGGGUAGAUCAGUCAAUCCUCACAGGGGAGUCUGUGUCGGUGAUCAAACACACCGACCCGGUGCCUGACCCUCGCGCUGUCAACCAGGACAAGAAGAACAUGCUCUUUUCUGGCACCAACAUCGCAGCUGGUAAGGCAGUUGGUGUGGUGGUGGCCACAGGGGGCAACACAGAGAUCGGCAAAAUUCGAGAUGAGAUGGCGUCCACAGAGCAGGAGCGCACGCCUCUACAGCAGAAGCUGGAUGAAUUUGGACAACAACUGUCAAAGGUCAUCACAUUGAUCUGCAUCGCAGUGUGGAUCAUUAAUAUUGGACAUUUCAAUGAUCCCGUCCACGGAGGCUCUUGGUUCCACGGUGCCGUCUACUACUUCAAGAUUGCUGUGGCUCUGGCAGUGGCUGCUAUUCCUGAAGGUCUGCCCGCUGUCAUCACCACCUGCCUCGCGUUAGGAACCCGACGCAUGGCGAAGAAGAACGCCAUCGUCCGCAGUCUGCCCUCUGUGGAGACCCUGGGCUGUACGUCCGUCAUCUGCUCGGACAAGACCGGCACACUCACCACCAAUCAGAUGUCUGUGUGCAGGAUGUUUAUUAUUGACCGUGCAGAAGGUGAACAGUGUUCCCUGAAGGAGUUCACCGUCACAGGCUCCACGUAUGCCCCAGAUGGAGAAGUGUACCAGGGUGGUAAACCAGUCAGAUGUUCCCAGUACGAUGCUCUGGUGGAGCUGGCCUCCAUCUGUGCCCUCUGUAACGAUUCAUCGUUGGACUAUAACGAGACCAAAGGUGUAUAUGAGAAGGUUGGCGAGGCCACGGAAACAGCUCUCACGUGCUUGGUUGAAAAGAUGAACGUGUUUGAUACAAACGUUAAAGGCCUGUCUAAGAUUGAGCGAGCCAACGCCUGUAAUUCAGUGAUUAAGCAGCUGAUGAAGAAGGAGUUUACCUUGGAAUUUUCCAGAGACCGGAAGUCCAUGUCCGUGUACUGCACACCCAACAAGGCUCGUUCUUCUGUUGGAAAGAUGUUUGUAAAGGGUGCUCCUGAAGGAGUCAUCGACCGGUGCACACACAUCCGCGUAGGCAACAACAAGGUACCGUUGACCAAAGGCAUCAAAGAAAAACUCAUGUCCGUGAUCAGAGAAUACGGCACCGGCCGAGACACUCUGCGCUGUCUGGCUCUGGCUACUCGUGACAACCCACAGAGCAAAGAAGAACUAGCGUUGGAGGACUCUACACGCUUCAUCGAGUAUGAGACUGAUCUGACAUUUGUGGGCUGCGUGGGAAUGUUGGAUCCUCCCAGAGCAGAGGUGGCAGCUUCCAUUAGACUCUGCCGUCUCGCUGGCAUCCGAGUAAUUAUGAUCACCGGAGACAACAAGGGAACGGCGGUGGCCAUCUGCAGACGCAUCGGCAUUUUUGGCGAGGACGAUGACGUGUCCAGCAUGGCCUUCACUGGCAGAGAGUUUGACGACCUGUCACCUGCUGCACAGAGAGACGCUGUGGUCAAGGCCCGCUGCUUUGCUCGUGUGGAGCCUUCACAUAAAUCUAAAAUUGUGGAGUACCUGCAGUCAUAUGAUGAGAUCACAGCCAUGACUGGUGACGGAGUGAACGAUGCUCCUGCUCUGAAGAAGGCUGAGAUCGGCAUCGCCAUGGGCUCGGGGACAGCCGUGGCAAAGACCGCCUCUGAGAUGGUGCUGGCCGAUGACAACUUUGCCACCAUUGUGGCUGCAGUGGAGGAAGGCAGGGCCAUUUAUAACAACAUGAAACAGUUCAUCAGAUACCUGAUUUCUUCAAAUGUUGGAGAAGUCGUUUGCAUCUUCCUGACUGCAGCUGUGGGUUUCCCUGAAGCUCUCAUUCCUGUUCAGCUGCUGUGGGUCAACCUGGUUACUGAUGGUUUACCUGCCACCGCCCUCGGCUUCAACCCACCUGACUUGGACAUUAUGAACAAACCCCCACGAAAUGCCCGGGAGGCUCUCAUCUCUGGAUGGCUCUUCUUCAGAUACCUGGCAAUUGGAUGUUAUGUGGGUGCUGCUACUGUCGGUGCUGCAGCUUGGUGGUUUGUUGCUGCUGAGGAUGGACCAAGGAUCACCUUCUACCAACUGAGCCACUUCCUCCAGUGUGGUCCUGAGAAUCCUGACUUCCAGGGUUUGGACUGUAAGGUGUUUGAGUCUCCUUACCCCAUGACCAUGGCUCUGUCUGUGCUGGUCACCAUAGAGAUGUGCAAUGCCCUAAACAGCGUGUCCGAGAACCAGUCCCUGCUCCGGAUGCCUCCCUGGGAGAACGUGUGGCUCCUGGGAGCCAUUUGUCUCUCUAUGUCUCUCCACUUCCUCAUUCUCUACGUGGAGCCACUGCCUAUGAUAUUCCAGAUCACCCCACUGAAUCUGACACAGUGGCUGAUGGUGCUCAAGAUCUCCCUGCCCGUCAUCCUGUUGGACGAGGUUCUGAAGUUCGCUGCCAGGAACUACCUGGAGCCCGGUAAAGAGCUGGAGAAGUCCACCAGCUGCAAAGGCUGCCCCCUGUCUGCAUGCAUGGAGGGCAUUUCCUGGCCCUUCGUGGCCGUUUCCCUCCCCCUAGUCCUCUGGAUCUACAGCACCGACACUAACAUGGCCGACAUGUUCUGGUCCUGACUGACCUGAGCACACCCUCACCCACCCCACCUCCUUUACCUCCAUCACAUCACUCUCCUUCCCCUGCUCCUCCUCCUCCUCCCUCUUGUCCCCUCCAUGUGCAUAGCUAGUCUGUGUACGCAUGUUUGCGAUUGUAGUCGACGAGUGCUUGUGUGUGACGACCAACUCUAACGCGUGAAACGUAACAAGAUCCUGUCAACUGUUCACACUAGAAACCAAGCAGCGGUGUGAGUUAGGCUGGAGUUUGGAGUGUGUGAGGCUUUAAAUGUGUGUUUGACGAACAUCCCUUCUGCAGCUGUGGACUUUGUUUCAAUGAUUUGGAAGGAAAUAUUCUGUUGCCAUUUUUUUUGUUUUUUUUGUCAAAGCUUCCUUCUAAGGUUGAUAUUUUUAAUGAUUUAGGGAAAAUCGUUUGUCACUACGAGAACCAACAGUAGUUUCUUUGCUUAGAGUCCCUUUUCAAGGAUGAAAGGAAAAAUUUACCGAUAUCAGAAAAUUUGUUGAUCUGUACAGAGAAUGAACACUAUUUUAUGCUUUUUUUUUUCUUUUUUUUAAAUGGCUUUGUAAAAAUCAUUUGACCAGUGUGGCUUAGACCUUCCACCUUGAUUUAUCAUUUUUUUCCCUGACGUUUUUACCAUUGUGUCUUCAGUAUAAACUCAGAACUCUUACAGAGAAGAUGGCCUUCAUGUGGCAGACGAGGAUGGGGAAAGGUUUGGGUGUGAACGCCCCAGGAAAACAAUAAUCCUGAAAAGCAACAGCAGCAUGCCCUCACGUGACCAAGCAUGAACUGUACAUGGUUUUCUCAUAUCUAAUUUAAUUAUGUUUGUCUCCCUCCCACCCUCAUUCAUUAGUAUAAAUUAACUUCAUGGACGUUACUUUAUUUCCUUUUUAAUACAAAAACAUUUUCAAAAUAAGCCAGUUCUUCUGCACUGGGCAGAGCACAGCUACCUCAAUAUGGAAAUGUAUUAUUUUUGCUCAUUUUUAAAUGCUAUCUUUCAGUGAUCUCGCAAAAGUGUAACAUCUUGAGGUGUGCCCCGAAUCGCUUGUGCAGAAAACCCCAAGAACUAGAUAUUCCUUUAGUCGAACACUUUUAAAAAUAAUACUAUGGACUAUUCGCAUUUUUUUUAUGUCAUUAACUUUAUUUGUUGCUUUGCAUCAGAGAGACAGAACUGAAUGGGGAAGACGUAUAACAGUCGCAUCUCCAAGUUGUUUGAUUCAAAGGACAAUAAUGUUUAAGUGGUGAGAAAAUACUAAAACAAAUACUCCAAUACUACAAAUGAAGUUGGAAUGCAAAUAUGAACCCAGAUAUGUUUUGGUUUUUUUUUUUACAUAAAGGAAAAAUACACUCAAACCCUUUGAAUCAAA